CAUAACAAAACUGAUAUUCAUUAGGACACUCAAACCCAAAAGCUUAAACCCUAGCAAUCAAGAGUGAAAGGCGAAAGCUUUACUAGCUUAACAAUGGCGGAGCGAGAAGAGAUCGUUGAUUCCGAAGUAAACACAGACUCGAAAGUAGUAGAGAUGGAAGUCGAAGCUGCGGAGAAACGCGAGAGAGAGCAGACGGAGGAGGAAACAGAGGGCGGAGGCGAGUCGAAGAAGCAGAAGGUGGGAGAUGAAGAGAAGUCUAACGGGUCGGAUCCGGUUAAACUGGGUCCGAAGGAGUUUGUUACUUCCGUGGCUAUCUUCGAUUACUUCACCAAGUUUAUGCACUUUUGGCCAACUGAUCUCGAUGUCAAUAAGUAUGAGCAUACGGUGUUACUAGAUCUGAUCAAGAAGGGACAUUCUGAGCCUGACGCGAAGAUUGGGGGAGGGAUCAAAGCCUUCCAAGUGAGAACCCACCCGAUGUGGAAAAGCAGGUGCUUCUUUCUUGUUAGGGAAGACGACUCUGCCGACGAUUUCAGCUACAGGAAGUGUGUAGAUCACAUCCUCCCGUUGCCUGAAAACAUGAAGACUCCUGGUCAUAACGGCAAUGGACAUGGUUGUGGUGGAAGAAGAGGCGGGCGUGGUGGUGGUGGGAGAUUCAGAAGAUGAUUUUGCUUUCUGUUUCUUUCUUGCUGGCCUUGCCGAUUGAAAUUUUGGAAUUUUUCAUGUCGGUUGCUAAAAACUUAUUUAAGUUUUGAGGAAUGCUACUAUUGUUUUGUCGGAGAGGAAUCAUCAGUUUAUAAUAAUAGAUAGCAUGUCUCUAUGUUCCUAAGUUGAGGCAUAUGCUUGCUCAGAAAAA